AUGGAGGACAGAGCCCGGGGAGCUGGGCUGGAAGAAUUCGGGUUUGGCAGAGAAUGCGAGGCGAGGGUCCAGCUCAGGGACUGGGGACAGGGUGCCUGCACCCCCGUGGCAGGAGCGGCCCGGCCCUGGCUCCCUGCAGAGCUGGGGUGCCAGGCGAGCCGGGGCUUCGCAGGGGCCGGGUCCGUCCCCACCUCACCUCACAGGGUGCUGGGCUUUGAGAUCGACGCCGUGAACUCUGUCCAGUUUUCCAACCACACAGGCUACCCGCACUGGAAGGGGCAGGUGCUGAGCUCCGGCGAGCUGCACGAGCUGUACCAGGGCCUGCAGCUCAACGGCGUGAACAAGUAUGACUACGUGCUCACCGGGUACACGAGGGACAAGUCCUUCCUGGCCAUGGUGGUGGACAUCGUGCGGGAGCUGAAGCAGCAGAACCCCAGGCUGGUGUACGUGUGCGACCCCGUGAUGGGGGACAAAUGGAACGGGGAGGGCUCCAUGUACGUGCCCGAGGACCUCCUGCCGGUGUACAGGGACAAGGUCGUGCCAGUGGCGGACAUCAUCACCCCCAACCAGUUCGAGGCUGAGCUGCUGAGUGGCCGGAAGAUCCACAGCCAGGAGGAGGCGUUGGCGGUGAUGGACGUGCUGCACUCCAUGGGCCCCGACACGGUGGUCAUCACCAGCUCGGACCUGCCCUCUCCUCGGGGCAGCGACUACCUGAUCGCACUGGGCAGCCAGCGGACACGGACCCCCGAGGGCUCGGUGGUGACACAGCGCAUCCGCAUGGACAUGCGCAGGGUGGACGCCGUCUUCGUGGGCACCGGUGACCUCUUCGCGGCCAUGCUGCUGGCUUGGACACACAAGCACCCCAACAAUCUCAAGGUCAGCAGCGCCCGCCCUGUCGCCCUGUGCGCUAUCAGAGCUGACCAUGGGCCGGUCUCCUCGGGGCUGUCCUGUCCGUGUGCCUCGCAGCCCAGGGUCCGGCAGCUGGCCCGGUCUGACUUGCCCUGUGGCCCCACCCGCAGCCCCGCAGCUCCCUGCCCCGUGUCCGCUCGUCUCACGCAGUUUCACUACUUCCGCACCUUCGUUUUCAAGCCUCCCGUAGCCGUGCGGAGGGGCCCCGAGCCUGGUCCUCUCUCAAGUCCAUCCUAG